AUGUUCCGUCUUCUCAGCUUCUUUGGUUUUUGCUUGGCGGUGGUGGCCGCAUCCUGCCCAACAGUUGCACCGGACGUCGAUCUGAAUACGAAUUACGGACCGGCUCUCGACGGAACAUGUUUCUCCGGAAGCUACUGCCGGAACGUGAAUGGCGAUGAUGUUUGCUUCCCGAUGAGCUCCGUCUGCCCCACCUUUGACAACGUGGUAAUCGAUCAGGCUACGGUGGUUGGAUAUCCCAAUGCUAGCCACAGCUGUCCAGCUUCAACUGUCUGCCUCUUCGGCUCGACUAACGGAAUCGGCUACGUGCACCUUUGCGUGACGUCCAGGCCUGCGGUUGCUACGACCUCCGCGCCAAGCACGAUUUGCCCGGGCCUGGAAGCCUACGUGGUCAAAUCGGCAUAUACUGGACCCGCUUUCAACGGUAUCUGCCCGGACGCGCAGUACUGCAGUUGGGAAUUCUGGGGUCCCAUGGCCAUGGCC